GACAAGCGGGAGGACAUCCCUAGGAUAUUAUUUUGGUUCUGCGAUUCGUCCUACAAUUUUCACGUGGUUUUACACAUUUCGGCAUGUUUUACACUAUUUACUUGUAUUUUUGAAUUAAAUCGGCGACAAUGCAUCGAAUUGCAUAUGCCAGAAAUUUGUACCAAAGUACUUUACAUGGAGUUUCGCUGCCUUCUAAUAAUACGUUAAAAAGUACGUCAAAUACGGAAAUAAAAUGUUCAUUUUGCCGAAGGAUUUUAUUAGGCCGUGUGGGUGCAGAAAACUUAUAUACUGUGAGACACCAAUCUACGAAAACGGCUAAUCUACUCAGUUCACUAAGAAAAAAGGCUAAACGAAAGAACUAUCACAAAUAUGCGGAAUUACUUGAAGUUGGUGACCAGGCUAUGACUGAAACUAAGGUUUCAAUAAGCAAGUUACGAGCUGUACAUCUGUCUAAGUUAGCUUCUAGUCCAGUGUCACUUGGUCAGUUACAUCAACUCACUACAAAGACUCCAAAGAACUUGAAAGUGGCUGAAGUGGACCCUGAACUGCUUCAAACAGUGAGGGACAAAAUUUUAAAGAAAACACCUACGAAGGUGUCAUCAAAAACUAGUUCUGAGAAGGCAGCCUCCUCGGACAUUAUGUUAGAAGAUGAUAAAUGUGCACUUGUUUACACUGCACAUCCAUUAUCUAAUUUUGAGGACAAAUUCAAGACGAAACAAUACAUAGAUAUGGUAAAAGAAAGUUACUAUGAUUUUAGAAAAGCUACCCUUUAUGAUCAGAAGUUGCAAGACCUUAGGUAUGCAAUAAGUGAAGGGUUGACUCAAGAGUUUGAUCUGAAUGCUACAAUAUCUAGUAAAAAUGACCUCAAGUUGGAUGAACACUUGGAUCACUUACCAAAGGGACCUCAUGCAGUGUUUAGAGAACUUUUUGUUGAUAGCCAUUUAGAUAGCUAUGAUCAAGAACUAGUGAGCCACAUUACCAAUAUGCAAGCACAAGGCUUAGCACACCCAGCAAUAGAGGAUAUCUAUGAUGAUCCAGCUUUACACAAUGAAAUAGUAGACAACCCGGAAUACCUUGAUAUGGAACCUAGCCAUGAACCUACUCCUUCUAAAACAUUGAAAAUUAAACAGGCAAAAAAAGAGAUGAGGGACAAAAUUAAAGCAAAACGUGACAAGAGAAGAGCCAAACAAGAGCUGAGUAUGAAGCAUGAUAUCAAAGAUGUAGAGCGGCAAGGCAAGCAAGAAUCCUUGCAUCGAGUGCUCACAGCACAUCUGCAACUACUCUGCUCACUGAACAUGAUACAAGAGGCCCAACAAGUGCUACAGUAUUACCGACAGAGAGGCUCGAGGGUCGCCAGCCAUCCCAAAAUUAACGACGUCAAAGUCUACAACACAUUACUACAUGGAUAUGCGUACACUGGUAUGCUAGAUAACGCCAAGCAACUGCUCUCUCACAUGUCUGAAGAUGGAGUAGAACCUAACCCUCAGACGUUUGCGGCGAUGUUCGAAUGUGUGGAGCGAAGUGAGGAACAAGACAAAUUCGAACUGCUGCAACAUUAUCAACAGAAGAUGAAACAAAAGGACAUAUCACUAAACGACUUGUUAGACAAAACAAAAUUCCUGUACGACCAACGAGAAGUAGUAUUAAAGGCCAUCCAUAGGAUAGAACCAGACUUCCAACCUCAAUACACAACUCCAGUACUAGACUACAACUGCUCCUUACUUAACAAUAUUACAUUAGACAAAGUGGAGAACAGACAAGGCCUGAUGACGUCACCCGCUGAAGGUCUACUGUCCUUAGAAGAAAUGAUCCAGAAAGGCAAGGAACAAUUGAAUAUUGAAAUUAAAGGAGAGAUCGAAAUACAGAAUAUUGGUGUUAAAAAUGAGGAGUCGGAGUCUGUGAAGUUUUGUAGACAAAAACUGGCAGAGACGGAGAAGGAAUGGCGCAGUGUGAUCAAGGAGUCGUUCAUACGUAACCUCGGCACGCUCAAGUCACAGAGCAGUGCCUCGCAUACUGCUAUCACACUGUAUCCAUAUCUUAAAGUUUUAGAGGUAGAUCAAUUUGUAGAUCUAAUAAUGGGGGAACUGUCCAAGCUAGUGGAUGGUAGUGAAACAUACAGUCCUACACUGAAACUCUUGCAGAGAGAUCUAGGAGCACAAGUCUAUCAGAAGUAUCAAAUUGAGCAAUAUCGUCGUAACGGUAUCCUGCAGAAGAUAGAGCGUGUUUACGCGAAGUAUUGUGAGUGGUACGUGAACCGACACUCGGUGGACGGGACGGGCGCGCCGUACAACGGACGCCAGGCGUGGCAGGCACUCGUACAUAUGAAUAGAGAAGGGGCUAGCUUGGAUAUCGAGGAGACGCAAUGGCCAAUGGAAAUGAAACAAAACGUCGGCAAGUUCCUGUAUAAUAUCAUCAUCAACGACGUCAAGAUUGACGUCAACAUGUUCAAGAGUAAAGCUGCUAAAGAGAAGAAGCUCCCGGCGGUGUACAAGGUGCACCGUCCGUGGGCGCGCGUGGUGCGGCUGGAGCUGAAGCCGCACCCCGUGCUGGCGCGCGUGUGGGCCGGCGCCGCGCCGCCCGGCCUGCGCAUGCGCGCCGCGCUCACGCCCACCGCCGCGCCGCCCGCGCCCUGGGCCUCGCCCGCCAAGGGGGCUUAUCUUGUUACCCCCACACCAUUCGUCAGAAUGCCAUUCUACGUGAUGAGUCAAUGGAAGCGUCUUGAGUCUGCGCCACCAGAGAGUUUGUACCCAGUCCUGGACAGUCUCAACCAACUGGGCGAAGUGCCCUGGGUCAUCAACAAGCGUAUACUGGACUUGCAGAUCAAGAUAUUCAGGGAAGGUGGCAACAAGAAGCUAGACAUAGCUCCUCCAUCAUCAAAACUAGAUACGUCUCAGUUCCAAACUGGUUCAGACGCGGCGGCCGCGUUCAAACGUCGCGUCGCCAUCAACAGAGCGCGCGCUGAGAUGCAUUCUCUGUGGUGUGACGCGCUGUAUAAACUAUCGCUUGCUAACCACUAUAGGGACUCGGUAUUCUGGCUGCCGCACAACCUGGACUUCCGCGGGCGCGUGUACGCGUGCGGGCCGCACGUGUCCGCGCUGGGCGCCGACACGGCGCGCGCGCUGCUCGCCUUCGCGCGGCCGCGCGCGCUCGGACCGCGCGGACUGCGCUGGCUCAAACUGCACGCCGUCAACCUCACCGGCACUAUGAAGAAGAGCACUGUCGAUGAGAGAUUGGCAUAUGCAGACAGUAUAAUGGACAAGAUCCUGGACUCAGCAGACCGUCCGCUGGAGGGCCAGCGAUGGUGGGCGGAGUCCGAGGAGCCCUGGCAGACACUCGCUUGUUGUAUGGAGAUAGCUAACGCUGUACGAUCGCCUAAUCAUGAAGAGUACCUGUGCGGGUUCCCGGUGCACCAGGACGGGUCCUGCAACGGUCUGCAGCACUACGCGGCGCUGGGCGGGGACGCGGCCGGCGCGCGCGCCGUCAACCUCGCGCCGCUCGCCCGCCCGCAGGACGUCUACAGCGCUGUCGCUGCUUUGGUAGAAGAAAUGAGAGCUCGUGACGCAGCUGCCGGAGUGCCAGCAGCCAUUAUCCUGGAGAACUUUGUACGAAGGAAGGUCAUUAAGCAAACUGUCAUGACCACUGUGUAUGGAGUCACCAAGUUCGGAGCCCGGCUGCAGAUCGCUAAGCAACUAAAAGACAUAGAGGAGUUCCCGAAGGAGCAUGUAUGGGCGUGCUCUCAGUACCUGACGACGAAAACCUUCGACAGUCUACGCGAGAUGUUCACAUCCACCAAACUCAUACAGGACUGGUUCACUGACUGCGCCAAGCUAAUAUCAGCAGUAUGUGGCGAGAGUGUAGAGUGGGUGACUCCACUGGGCUUACCCGUAGUGCAACCUUACUACAGGAGAGCGGGACCCUCCGUCGGACAGUACCGACCGGCAUUAGACCAGCAUCAACGUCCGUGUACCAUGAAGCAGCGCAACGCGUUCCCCCCGAACUUCAUCCACUCGCUGGACUCGUCGCACAUGAUGCUGACCGGCCUGCACUGCGAGGCGGCCGCCGUCACCUUCGUCUCUGUACACGACUGCUUCUGGACGCAUCCAAAUACCGUCGAUAUCAUGAAUAAGAUUUGCCGUGAGCAGUUCGUAGCUCUGCACUCACAGCCGAUCUUAGAAGACUUAUCAGAAUUCCUCACAAAUCGAUAUAGUUAUGAUGAGAGUGAACUGGAAGACAGAAGCGUGGGCGCAGCGAACAAGAAACGCGUGAACAACCUUCUACAACAAGUGCCCAGUAAAGGAAAUUUCGACCUCAAAAGCGUUCUAAGGUCUGUCUACUUCUUCAGUUAAAGGAAACACGGAUUCAAUCGAAACUUAAACAAAUAUUGUUAAAGUGACAUCAUGUUAUGACCAAAACCUAAUUCUACCUUGACUAGUAGUUCCCUACCUCUCAACUAUGUUAGUGAUUGUAAUGCAGAGCUUAUGUUUCCAUUAUGUAUUUGAAUUUCAAUAUAGUAUUAUGAAAUGAUUACUUAAUAUCAAAUAAGUCGGUUAGAAAUGCUAGGGGCGGGAACGUUAUUGCUUUGCCUGAUCUACCUAAAACUUGGUUACCGCCUGUUAAUAGUUCCAAGAAAUUAAUUUAAUAUUGUUAAACUUAUUGACACUAUGAAGAAUAGAAAUGGAGUAGACAAAAAUCUACGGGGAAAUGGCAACUGAUACGAAUGAGAAAUUCCAAAAUGGCCGCCUUAAAUUAAGUGUUGCCAUGUAAGGACUUAGAGAUAGACUGAAGGUAAACACGUGGUGGAUAUUUGAAUAUUGUUAGGUCUUUUGUAAUUUUCUAAUAAAAUGUUACUGUUGGUAACUGCUUAGAAAUUUUGUACAUUCUUGUAUUUCAUUCUUCCAUUGAUUUCUUGAGACUGGCUUUGUAUUGAUUACGCUUUGUUGUCUCAAAUGUUUUAUAGUGUAGUUACGAAUAUAGUUAUUUGUACCAAAAUCUUAUUCUUACAUCAAUGCGUCAAUGCGUUAUGUAAACAUAAUUCUAUCUACUGCCCUGUUUUUAAUUAAAUGUUUUAAUGAAAUAUAAAUCUUGAGACCUGUAAAUAAAGCCGUGUUUUACACAAACUAUCGUGUCCUCAAAACUGCCUAAGGUUUCAAACCAAAAUGAACCUUACUUACUUCAUAGAUACUAAUUUCAACUGCCGUAACUACUGCCUAUGUUCUAAUAAGAUUUUAGUACAAAUAACUUGAAGUAAUAUUGUUUUAGUUUACUCUUGUAGAGUACAAAAAUUGCUGUGUUAAUAUUUAAUUAAUUAUAUUUGGUUAAUAUUAUAAUCGACACAACUGGAUGACUUGUCUAUUAUAUCUAUGUAUAUAAAUCAUAAGUAGUGAACCAAAUAUUGACAAAGUUAAAGAUGUAAUCUUGUUAAAGAUUUUUUGUCGUCAAGUUGCAAUAAUGUUGCAAGUUGCAAUAAUAAACUGUGAUUGCUAGUAGUUGAACAAUAAAUGAAGCUGAAUUUAAUUUA